GAAAACAUAAAAUGGCGCGAUGCUGUGAGGACAGCUGUUAUUCAUCUAGAAGAGAAAACAGAAAUAAUUUUAUUUAAACCAAGUGAUUUUAUGUGAUUUUGUGUAUAAAAAUUUUAUUAUCGAAAGAUUUAAAAAUAAAUAAUAUCUUAUGAAAAAUAAAAAUAAAAAGUUAAAAAUAUAAUAAUCAUUUAACUUAAAUGAUAAAACAAUUUAUACAACGAUGACAAUGGUAGUAGAUAUAUAAUAAUUUGGUGGAGGUGGUUGUGCGAACAUCGGAAAAAAAGACUUAAAGAAAUUUUUUAUGAGAAUAGUGAUUUCAUUAAUUUUAACAUAAAUUAAAUCUAAUUAAUAUUAAUAAUAAUGACUUGAAAUUAAUUUUUUUUAAUGUAUUUAUCAGAAGAAGUGAGAAUACUUAGACGACGAGAGAAAAGAAAGAAAAAUACAAACAGAGAAACUAGAAGGACUUACUUCCAUGCAUUUUCACAACGGUUAUUUGAUUGUAUUUUCGAAGUAUCAGAUAAUUUUCUGCGAUUAAAAGAUGACCAAAUAUCGUCCAGUAUCACAGCAAGUCUCCAGUGAUAAUCAUCAUUUUUACCACUGCUUUUACGAGGAAUCACUAUGAAUGCCAGAACUCAACUAUUUGAAUUAAGUAUGGAGGGCAGACAAGUGGAUGAAGCAGUAGCAAGUAUCUUCCACAGUGUUCUUUUCCAUCGAAGUCUUGGUAAAUUUAAAUACAAGCAAGAAGGUAGUUAUUCAGUGGGUACUGUGGGAUAUCAAGAUGUUGACUGUGAUUUUAUUGAUUUUACUUAUGUCUGUUGUUCAUCUGUGCAUCUGGAUCAAACUUUGAAACGUGAAAUAUCAGGUUUUUCUGAAGCUUUGCGUUCUACUGAUAGUCCAGGUUCUGGCCAAAUAUCCUUGGAAUUCUUUCAAAAGAAAAAAAAUCGUUGGCCCUUCCAACCAGAAUGCAUACCUUGGGAAGUAUGGACAGUAAGACUGGAACUUAUUAAAUUAGCAACAGAACAUGAGAGACAGAUAUGCAGAGAAAAAGUUGGAGAUUUAUUAACAGAUAAGAUUCUUUACAUAACAGAAGUAAUGAAUCGACAUGACUAUCUACCUAAAAUGCCAAAUCAAGCUGAAUUGGAUUUGAUUUUUGAUACAUCAUAUCCUGAUAUACAACCUUAUCUAUUUAAAUUAUCAUUUACCACUUCUAGCCCAUCAAGUACAACAAUGGGUAAUACAAUGAAAAAAUUAAUCAAAGAAACAUUAUCCAUUUAGUUGUUUAUUAAUUUUUAUGAGAAUUUUUUUAGUAAUGUAUAUAUAAUCCAAAUUCAUUUUUGGUUAACAUUGUAAACUUUUCUUUGCUAACAAAAAAAUUAUUUUGAUUAUAUCAAAUUUUGCGUUAAAAUUUAUAUACGCAUCGAAUUUUCAUAUUCUUUUAGUCUCUUUUACUUAUAUAAACAUUUACUAUGUUAUAUGUUUUUAUAUAUAUUCACUUGCAUAGAACUUGCAUAAAGGACUUGAAGUCUAGAAAAAAAACAAAGUUAAUUAUAUAUAAUAUUUAUGAUAAAGUGGGACAAAGAACUAAAUCCCACAUAUCAAAAUGUCAUUUCUGACUAAUAUCUAUGCAAAUUUUAUGCAAACAAUAUUUGUCAGAAAGAAAAGAAGCAAACUGAUGUGUAUAUGUAUAUAUAUAUACAUAUGAAUGUAUAUAUAUACAUAUGAAUAUGUAUAAAUAUACAUACAUAUAUGUAACAUACACAUAUACAAUAUAUAUGUAUAUAUAUAUAUAAUUGUAUAAACCUAAAAUAUUUGUAAAAUUUCUAUAGUACAAAGGAACCAAUUGUGUAUAGCAAUUACUGUUUUGCGUAUAUACUAUUCCAAGAAUAUCGUCCACUGUAUAAGUCUUCUAGGUAAUCAGUUAUACAUUAAAUAUCAAAUAUUAUAUUUCUUUAUCAUUUUGAAUUUUAAUUCGUUAAUAUUCUGGAUAUCGUUAAUAGCGAAAUGAUAUCUCGUUAUUAAUAGAGUGAAAUAUAACAUUCUUUGUUUUAUUUUUCUUUAAAAUUUUUUCAAUAGUAACAAAGAUAUACGGCUAUUGUAAGAACAUAGAGUAGUGUAAUGUGUUUAUUUAACAAAAUGAAAUUUAAAAGUUAAUAAAUUUGUCUUAACAUAUAAA